AUGACGAUUGCCAUGAUGACAAUGAUGUUGUGGAUUAGGGUUUCAGUUUUGAUGACAGUUGAUGCUGCUUUUGUCCAUAAUCAUCAGAUGCAAGCUUUCCAUGAGUUAGGUUAUGACCAACAUGUUCUUUCUCCUGUGAUUUCAAGAAAGUUGAUGAUCCAAGAAAUGGUUGAAGGGAAUGGAGAUCAAGAUUUGAUGUUUGACAAUGACCAAAAGGAAGCUCCAUUAGAUAUAGAUGGAUCACAAAAGAGGAAAGAAGAAACUACACAAAAUGGAGCAAAUGGAUUUGACCCGACCGGUUUCACUACCAUGGAUUAUUCUCACGUAAGAAGACGACGCCCAAUUCAUAACAAUUCUUCUCCCAAACCCACCAACUCCCCAUAA